AUGGACAACGAGGAUCUUAUCGACUACGAGGAGGAGGUCGCCGUUGCCCCGACCACGGCCACCAACGGUGCCGCUGCCACCGGCGCCGACGCCGCCACCGCCGAUGCGGAAAAGGACAAAAAGGCAAGCAUCUUUUCUUCUCAGCUUCCAUCCACGCGUCCCGUCCGCUCCAUCGCGUCGCUGCGACGGUCCGACCCGGCAUCGCUUUCGGCAACGAUCCGUGGUUCCUACGUCGGAAUCCACUCGACGGGUUUCCGUGACUUCUUGCUCAAGCCCGAGCUGCUCCGUGCCAUCAGCGACCUUGGUUUCGAGCACCCUUCCGAAGUCCAGCAAGAAUGCAUUCCCCAGUCGAUCCUGGGCAUGGAUGUCCUCUGCCAGGCCAAGUCCGGUAUGGGCAAGACAGCCGUCUUUGUCCUGGCCACGCUCCAGCAGAUUGAGCCCGUCGAUGGCGAGGUCUCGGUGCUGGUCCUCUGCCACACCCGUGAGCUGGCCUACCAGAUCCGCAACGAGUACGCCCGCUUCACCAAGUACAUGCCCGACGUCCGCACCGCCGUCAUCUACGGCGGCACCCCGGUCGCCGAGAACCAGGCCCUGCUCAAGGACAAGGCAAAGUGCCCGCACAUUAUCGUCGGCACGCCCGGACGAUUGAACGCCCUCGUCCGCGACAAGUCGCUCAAGGUCAGCGGCGUCAAGCACUUUGUCAUUGACGAGUGCGACAAGAUCAUCGAGCAGAUGGACAUGCGACGAGACGUUCAGGACAUCUUCCGGUCGACGCCGCACCACAAGCAGGUGAUGAUGUUCUCGGCCACCCUGUCCAAGGAGGUCCGACCCACUUGCAAGAAGUUCAUGCAGAACCCGCUCGAGAUCUACGUCGACGACGAGACCAAGCUGACGCUGCACGGCCUGCAGCAGCACUACGUGCAGCUCGAGGAGUCGGCCAAGAACCGCAAGCUCAACGACCUGCUCGACUCGCUCGAGUUCAACCAGGUCAUUAUUUUCGUCAAGUCGAUUGCGCGGGCCAACGAGCUCGACAAGCUGCUGCGGGAGUGCAACUUCCCCUCGAUUUGCAUCCACGGCGGCCUGGCGCAGGACGAGCGCAUCAACCGCUACCAGCAGUUCAAGAACUUUGAGAAGCGCAUCCUCGUCUCGACCGACAUCUUUGGCCGAGGCAUCGACGUCGAGCGGGUCAAUGUGUCGAUUUCCUACGACACGCCCGCCGACGCCGACUCGUACCUCCACCGUGUCGGACGUGCGGGCCGUUUCGGCACAAAGGGCCUGGCCAUCAUGUUUGUCUCGAGCGAGGCCGACAGCGAGGUGCUCAAGCAGAUCCAGAGCCGGUUCGAGGUCGCCGUGCCCGAGCUGCCCGACACCAUCGAGGCCAGCUCCUACAUGAACGCCUGA